GGCCUGGCCCCGCCCCCGCCGCGGCCGGGAGGUGGUUCUCGCUCGGGUCCGCGCCCGCCAUCGUGAUGGCGGCGGCGACCGGGGGAGGUGGGGAGCGGAGCAGCACCCGGGACCGGCUCCUGGCGGCGCUGGAGGAUCUCGAGCUUUUGGCCAGGGAACUAAUUGAAAUUUUGGCAAUUUCAAGAAAUCAGAAGCUUCCACAACCAGGAGAGGAGAGCCAGAUUCUGGAACUGCUGAUUCAGAGAGAUGGAGAGUUUCAAGAGCUAAUGAAGUUGGCAGUUGAUCAGGGGAAAAUCCAUCAUGAAAUGCAGCUUUUAGAAAAAGUAGUAGAAAAGAGAGAUAAUGACAUUCAGCAGCUGCAGAAGCAACUAAAAGAAGCAGAGCACAUACUGGCAACAGCUGUUUAUCAAGCAAAGGAAAAACUGAAAUCAAUUGAAAAGGCACGAAAAGGUGCCAUUUCCUCUGAAGAAAUAAUUAAAUACGCCCAUAGGAUCAGUGCUAGCAAUGCUGUUUGUGCCCCUCUGACAUGGGUACCAGGGGACCCACGUAGGCCGUAUCCUACUGAUCUGGAAAUGAGGAGUGGUCUCUUGGGUCAGAUGAACAACCCAUCCACCAAUGGAGUUAAUGGACACUUACCAGGGGAUGCACUUGCAGCAGGCAGACUGCCAGAUGUGCUCGCUCCUCAGUAUCCUUGGCAGUCAAGUGAUAUGUCAAUGAACAUGCUACCUCCUAAUCAUAGUAAUGACUUCAUGUUGGAGCCUCCAGGACACAAUAAAGAGAAUGAAGAUGAUGUAGAAGUUAUGUCAACAGAUUCCUCAAGCAGCAGCAGUGACUCAGACUAGGGAGAAGAUAACAGCUGGCUCAGAAAUGGGGUGACUAAUUUAAAACCAUGGACAUUAGAAUUUGUUUUCCAUUAGAUGUUCAAGUAAAAUGACUGGGAGCUUUCUGCUGGAGGAGAGAUGUCAAAUUUCCAGUGAUUAUGUGAAUGCGUAUGUUUGCAAGAGACACGCGUGUAUAUAUAUCUAUAUAUUUACUAUACAUUAGAUGACAAAGUUCCUGGGAAAAAAGGUGUAAGGGGAAUCCCCUCGUAUGUUUGUUAGUAACUUUACUUUUUUGAUGAUAGCCUUUUCUAUGGCACAGAAAUGAGGCAUGAAAUUUGUAAUUUUAGUAUCUUUUUUUUGUUACUGCCUAAAUCCAUGUUCUUGAUCAUCUUGUGUAUGCCGAGAACAAAAAUAUGGCAAUAAGGUGUUAAAAAAUUAAUUUGUAAUUAUUGUAAUAUAUAAUGAUUUGUCAUAAAUAAACUCAGCUUUGAUGUAA